UCUAGAGAGCCUCGAGACUCGCUGGUCGAUACUUCAAACUCCAUUUUUUGCUGCGAGACUCAUCCGCCCGCUUAUCGCCAAGUGAAAAUGCGAUUCGCCACGAAACACUCGAGAAUCAACGUUCCCUGAUCGACGACGAUUUCGAUACGAAGACAGCGCCGAGUUCGAAAGUGAAAAUAGUCAUCGAGCCAGUGCCUAGUUUCUUUGAAACAAACUUUUCAAUCGGCCAGCUUGGUCGUCGCUUGAAAAUCGUUGCGAAAAGGAACCUCCGACGAAAUGUGGCUCGGAUUACUCUUGCUGGGAUUUUCCUGUGGCUGUGCCCUUGGCCACGACGAUUUUGGACCGUGGGUCGAGCCCACGAAGGGCGAAGUGUUUCCUCGUGUCGCGAUCAGGAGCAAAAGUCCUGAUUUCCUGAUCGUUCGACCUCUGGCUUUUCAGUUCAACGCAACCGGACAAUCUUGCGACGUACUUAAAGACGCCAUGGAUCGAUACCAGUCGAUUUUGCUGAACGAAGCGCGCGUCGCUUUGAAAACGGCUUUGCCGAUUCCUCGUACGUACGUUCAGCAAAGUCCUUUGCUCCGCGGAGAACUUGUCACGAUGAAUAUCAAUCUGCGAAACCCUUGCGAACCGUAUCCUCAUUUUCAAAUGAACGAAAGUUAUAUUUUAAGCAUAAACGAAGACACAUCGGCGUACUUGGGAGCUGAUGAAAUUUGGGGAAUCUUACGAGGUCUGGAAACUUUCUCACAACUUUUAACUGCCUCGUCGGAUGGUCAUUUAACAAUCAAAUGUCAAAGGAUAUUGGAUUCGCCGAGAUUUCCACACCGCGGACUUCUGUUGGACACGUCGAGGCACUAUUUGCCAGUGUCCGAUAUUCUUCUCACUCUUGAUGCGAUGUCGUACAACAAGUUGAACGUUUUUCAUUGGCACAUAGUCGAUGACAAUUCGUUUCCUUACGUGAGCACGAGUUUUCCAAAGCUUUCGGAAUCGGGGGCUUACCAUCGGACGAUGGUUUACACGCAGUCGAACGUUCGAAGGAUCAUCGAGUAUGCGAGGCUUCGUGGCAUUCGGGUUGUGCCGGAAUUCGAUAGUCCGGGGCACUCGAAGUCGUGGGGCAAUUCGUAUCCGGAAAUACUGACCACGUGUUACGCGAAUGGUAAACCAAAUGGGAAACUGGGCCCGAUGAAUCCACUGGAUGAUUCGCCAACGUGGCCCAUGAUGGUGACUCUGUUGACUGAAUUAUUCGCUGUAUUUCCUGACCGAUACUUUCACUUCGGCGGUGACGAAGUGAAUUUCGAUUGCUGGGCUUCCAAUCCUGAGAUCAUUGAAUUCAUGCACAAAAAAGGCUACCAAAGCGACUUCAAAAGGCUGGAACGUCACUAUUUCGAGAGGCUGUUGACCGUCCCCCGUGAAUUCAACGUCACCUCGAUCGUCUGGCAAGAAGUUUAUCAGAAUAAUCCAAAGCUCCAGAAACACGACAUGGUCGUCCACGUCUGGACAGGAGCGUGGCAGGCCUUGAUGCAGGAUCUCAUUUCCAAAAAUUAUUCGACUCUGCUCUCCGCCUGUUGGUACUUGGACGACGUCAAGAGCGGGGGCGACUGGCUCAAAUAUUAUCUCUGCGAUCCUUCGGACCUGAUCGCCACGCCGGAUGAGUUGUCUCGGGUGCUUGGAGGCGAAGCCUGCAUGUGGGGAGAAUUCGUUGACAGAACGAACGUGCACUCGAGAAUUUGGCCACGUGCGAGUGCAGCCGCGGAGCGUCUCUGGUCCUGGGGCAUGGACGAUUUGGACUUUGUGGCGCAGCGUCUAGAGGAGCACAGCUGUCGAAUGAACCGCCGGGGUAUUCCUGCACAACCACCGAACGGUCCUGGUUUCUGUGUUGUCUGACUGACCAACCGAAACCCGUUGAAACGACUUUAAAGUGGCGACGAAAUAAACAGUUGAAUUAUAAAUUUGUAUUUUCCAAUUGAAGAAUGAUUGGAAGACUGUGCUCAAACGGUGCGAAGGAAAUGAAAAAUGUGAAUAUUUCAACCGGAGUGGAGCGAAUUUUUCUCCGUUGACCUACGGUCGGACGGAGAGAAAUUUUCAAUCUCCUUCAAAAUAUCGAUUAAAAAAUCUUUGAUAAAAAGAAACGUAGAAUAAUUUGCCAGAAAA